AUGGCCGAGCAGAUGCUGACCAACGAGCCCGUGCAGGACUCCUCUGCAGGACGACUCGCCAGCGCCGGCUCCCCGCGCCUGGACAGAGGGAAUCGUGCUGGACUGGGAACCGACGCCACGGAAGAGUCGCCGACGCCCUACACGGAGAGCGACUCAACGGAGAAGGCCGAAGAGCCCGUGAGGGUGAAGGAUCUUCUCCGGGACAUGAAGGGGCCGCGACGGACGUGCAGGCGCACGCCGAAGGUGAUCAAGCGCGAGGGGCAGCACGGGAAGAAGAUGCAGCCGCCCGCCGAGGCGGGCGCUCGCUGGGUGACGCCAGCCUGGCAGGCCAAGCAGGACGAGACGUGGGCGGCCAAGGCGGCGCAGCGCGCGGCGGAGACGGGCAAUCGGGCAUGCUUGAACCUAGCCGAGCUGUCGAAGCGCUCAGAGGAGCACGAGGCAGCG